AUGGAUAAUAUAUCAAACACUAGCAUUGAUGAACAAUCAUCAUCAGAAUCGUUUAUUAACAUCGGUUUAAGUCGAUAUAUAUGUUUAAUAUUAUUGAGUGCAUUACUUAUUCCAUCAAUAUUAUUUUCUUUAUAUAUAUUCUAUUGGAUAUAUAGAAUCUCAGAUUUACGAAAUCGUCUCACUAAUCAUAUUAUUUUGGCCAUAUUCAUUAUUAGUUUUAUUCAGACAACAUGUGAAAUGCCAUUCUUACUUGAAUAUCUUCGUUAUGGUCAUGUAUCAUUUGAUUCAUACAGUUUUUGUAAAUUUUGGAUUGCAUUCAAUUACAGUUUAAAUACAUCAAUUUUAUUUCUUAAUUCUCAUUUAUCAAUUGAAAGAUAUUUAUUAAUAUUUCAUCACAAUUUUUUGAAUCGACAUAAAAUGUUAAUACAUUAUAUACCAAUGACAAUAUUAAUUAUACUUGCAAUAUGUUAUUCAUGUGGUACAGUUUUAUUUGUUCCAUGUAUUGAAUUAUUUGAUUAUACAAGUCAAUUAUGUGGUGGACCAUGUUUUCAAUUACAACCAUCAAUUGGAACAUUUGAUUUAGUUUUUACGGUUUUUUCUCCAUUAUUUUGUAUUAUUUUUUUUAAUUCUUUUCUUAUUAUACGAGUUAUUCAACAAAAACGUCGAAUGUUACAAAAAAAUGUUUGGAAAAAAAAUCUUGGAAUGCUUAUUCAAUUAUUAUCAGUAUCAAUAUUACAUGUUAUUGUUUGGUUACCAGUUACAAUAGUUAUAUUAAUUGCAAUGACUAAUUAUCCUCCACCUGCAAUUAUUAUUGAAUUACAAACAAGUUGGGUUCUUAUUAAUAUUAUGUACAUUGCUGUACUUAUUAAUCCAUUAGUAUGUUUUUUUGCUAUACCAGAAAUAAAAGAUAAAAUUAUUUUAUUUAUUAAUUAUUUACGACGUAAACGACAACAACAACAACAACAAAUUAGUUCUACAGGUAGAAAUCAAAUUCAUCCAUUAUCAACUAAUCAAAAUCAAUCAACUAGAUUUCAAAAAUAA